CUCAACUCCAACGCUUGUCUCCGGCGAAAACACUCUCUACGACUCACGAUGGCGCUCGAAAUCGAAGCUCGAGAUGUUAUAAAGAUUGUGCUUCAGUUCUGCAAAGAGAACUCGUUGAAUCAGACGUUCCAGACAUUACAGAGCGAGUGUCAGGUUUCUCUAAACACGGUAGACAGCGUGGAGACGUUUGUUUCUGAUAUUAAUAGUGGGAAGUGGGACUCUGUACUUCCUCAAGUGUCGCAGCUUAAGCUUCCCAGGAAUAAACUUGAAGACCUUUAUGAACAGAUUGUAUUGGAGAUGAUUGAACUUCGAGAGUUGGACACUGCCAGAGCUAUUUUGAGGCAAACUCAGGUGAUGGGUGUCAUGAAACAGGAGGAACCAGAAAGAUAUUUGCGGAUGGAGCAUCUUCUUGUCAGAAGCUAUUUUGAUCCCCAUGAGGCUUAUGGAGACUCAACCAAAGAAAGGAAGCGUGCACAGAUUGCUCAAGCUGUGGCUGCCGAGGUUACUGUGGUACCUCCUUCACGGUUAAUGGCUUUAGUAGGUCAGGCUCUAAAGUGGCAACAGCAUCAAGGCCUACUCCCUCCGGGAACGCAGUUUGACCUCUUCCGUGGGACGGCAGCUAUGAAACAAGAUGUGGAAGACACAUAUCCUACUACUCUUAAUCAUACAAUAAAGUUUGGUACGAAGAGUCAUGCCGAAUGUGCUAGGUUCUCACCAGAUGGACAGUUUCUUGUAUCGUCUUCUGUUGAUGGUUUUAUCGAGGUAUGGGAUUACAUAAGUGGGAAGCUGAAGAAGGAUUUGCAAUAUCAAGCUGAAGAAACUUUCAUGAUGCAUGAUGAGGCUGUCCUUUGUAUAGACUUUAGCAAAGAUUCAGAGAUGCUUGCAUCUGGCUCACAAGAUGGAAAGAUUAAGGUUUGGCGUAUAAGGACAGGUCUAUGCUUUCGUCGUCUAGAGCGUGCACAUUCCGAAGGAGUUACAAGUCUAACCUUCUCUAGAGAUGGAACACAAUUACUAAGUACCUCCUUUGACCAACUUGCAAGAAUCCAUGGUUUGAAAUCUGGAAAAUUGUUGAAAGAGUUCCGCGGUCAUACAUCUUAUGUAAACAAUGCCAUCUUUACAAGUGAUGGAACCCGUGUAAUCACUGCCUCCAGUGAUUGCACAGUGAAGGUCUGGGAUUCAAAGACGACUGAUUGUCUACAAACAUUCAAGCCACCGCCUUCACUAAGAGGAAGUGAAGCGUCAGUUAAUUCUGUUCAUCUGUUCCCUAAAAACACAGAACACAUUGUUGUGUGCAACAAGACGUCAUCUAUAUACAUCAUGACACUCCAAGGACAGGUCGUCAAGAGUUUCUCAUCCGGUAAGAGGGAAGGAGGAGAUUUUGUAGCAGCAUGUGUAUCUACAAAAGGCGAUUGGAUAUACUGCCUUGGUGAAGACAAGAAACUGUACUGCUUCAGCUAUCAAACCGGUGGACUUGAGCACUUUAUGAUGGUGCAUGAGAAAGAUGUGAUAGGCUUAUCACACCACCCACAUAGAAAUCUCAUCGCUACCUAUAGUGCAGAUUGCACCAUGAAGUUGUGGAAACCCUGAGCUGCCUCAUCAUCAAACCUUACAAGACUCAUUAAAGGAUUUCUCGUUGACUUUAUUUAUUUCAAAUAGAGUGUAUUAAGUCCAAUGGGAGAUAUGUUAAACUAAAAUGAGUCUAGGAAGGAUCAUUUCGUUAUCCUAAUAACCAGGAACAUAUGAGUUGUCGUUUUCAUUUAGGUACCCUGUUAUUUGAUAUUUUUCAUGAAAAUGGUUACAUCUCUGACUUUGUUUGACUGAUGAUUGAGAAUCUUCGAACGC